GAAGUAGAGCAGGGGGCGGAGCCUGCUGUUAAAUGCAGAACUUGUCAGUCAGGUGGAGGUAGAGCUGGGAAGAUGGAGACUCUGGGUACAAAGGGGAUAGAGGUGAAGUCUCGGGCCAAGCAGUAUGAGAAGCUGGACUUCCUGGGAGAGGGACAGUUUGCUACAGUAUACAAAGCAAGAGAUAAGAACACUGAUAAGAUUGUUGCCAUAAAAAAGAUUAAGUUGGGUCACAGAGCUGAAGCCAAUGAUGGGAUAAAUCGAACAGCUUUGAGGGAAAUAAAACUUCUUCAAGAAUUAAGUCACCCUAAUAUUAUAGGUCUUUUGGAUGCUUUUGGUCACAAAUCCAACAUAAGUCUGGUAUUUGAUUUUAUGGAAACCGAUUUAGAGGCUAUAAUAAGGGAUACCAGUCUAGUCUUGACUCCAGCACACAUAAAGUCUUAUGUGUUGAUGACUCUUCAGGGCUUGGAGUAUUUGCAUCAUCUCUGGAUCCUGCAUAGGGAUUUAAAGCCAAACAACUUGCUGCUCGAUGAGAACGGAGUCCUUAAACUGGCCGAUUUUGGUUUAGCCAAAUCAUUUGGAAGUCCAAACAGAGUUUAUACCCACCAAGUGGUAACAAGGUGGUAUCGGUCUCCAGAGUUACUGUUUGGUUCCAGAAUGUAUGGUGUGGGCGUUGACAUGUGGGCAGUCGGUUGUAUUUUGGCAGAGUUGCUGCUAAGGGUGCCUUUUCUGCCUGGGGAUUCUGAUUUGGAUCAACUCACAAGAAUAUUUGAAACACUGGGUACAGCAACAGAAGACCAAUGGCCUGGCAUGUCCAACCUACCAGACUACGUUACCUUUAAAAGCUUUCCGGGAACACCACUUGAUCAGAUAUUCACUGCUGCAGGAGAUGACCUGCUAGAACUUUUACAGGGCUUAUUCACAUUCAAUCCCUGUGCACGGUACACAGCCUCACAAGCACUAAGGAAAAAAUAUUUUAGUAAUAGACCAGCACCAACAGCUGGACAUUUGCUGCCAAGACCAAACUGUUCCAUAGAGGCAUUAAAAGAACAACAAAACCUUACUCUAGGAAUAAAGAGGAAGAGAGUGGAAGGUGCAGAGCAAAAAGACAUUGUAAAAAAGCUGAACUUUUGACAAGACUGGAACAUAUCUGCUGUAUAUAGAAAUGCUGCUACGGACGCGAUCAUUGUAAUAUACUGUACAUUAUGGGGUUGCUUUUGACGGUAAAAGUAUUUUUUGUGAAUAAAUCAGAUUUUCCUUUU